AUGACACAUUCUUCGACAAUCAAGUGCGUGAUGAACUGGAUUUUGAGUUCUUGGGAAACCGUACUGGGGAACCUUUACUCAGUCCAAACCAAUGUGUAUGCUCAUGGAAAAAGAGAUAGAGAACAAGGGGUCCAUUUAUGGUUCGACCCUCCUGUAGACUAUCACACUUACUCCAUCUUAUGGAACCAUAACCGUGUUGUGUAUUCUAUGGAUGAAGUACCCAUAAGGGUAUUCAAGAACAAAGAAGCCACAGGGCUCUCAUUCCCCAAGUUCUAUCCAAUGGGAGUCUACUCUACAUUAUGGGAAGCAGAUGAUUGGGCUACAAGGGGUGGGCUCGAAAAAAUUGAUUGGAUCAAAGCACCAUUUUACGCAUAA